AUGGAAAAUAUUCCUGUCGCCAAUGCUCGCGCAAACAUAAAAUAUAUAGUUUUUUCAUUAUUUCUCAUAGUCACUUGGUACUUUUAUAGCAAGCCGAGCAAAGUAAUAAUCAAAGAGAUUAAACAAAUCGUACACUGUGAAACUCCAGGACCGCCUCCGUUCGCAACAUGGAAUCCAUCGAAAAACCAAAGCAGAACUGCGAUUGCUAUCUUAUUUGACGGGGCAAUACUGGAUUUAGCGCCUAGCAUCGGAGUACUUGACCAAUAUCUUUCUGAUAAUUUAGAAUCAGACAUUAUUAUUUUUCUCACUAUGUAUCCUGUAGGACCUCAUUUACAUGCGGUCACGUUGAAAACUAAACGUCAAAUAACUUACUAUAAUAUCGACGCUAUAUAUACAACGUUUCCAAAAGGAUUCGAUCCUUAUCGAGAAGAACCAACUUGGUCGAAAAGAGGCAAAUGGAAUUAUCAUCAUAUGUGUCGAUUUUGGUUCAAACUUAUUUUCGAUAUUCCAUUAAUUAAUAAAUAUGAAUUCGUUAUGAGACUUGAUAGCGAUUCAAAACUAGUGGGAGUUUGGUUCAAUGUUUUUGAUUUCAUGAGAAAUCAAUCAGCGGUUAACUUCGCUAAUAUAGAACAAGCAGAUACUGAAGGUAUCUUACCUGGCCUAAUGAAACUAAAAACAUUUACAUAUGAAUAUAUAAAUAAAACUGGAAUAGUUCCCAAAAAUCCAGUUCGAUUGGCAAGAGCUUUUGACAUUCCCUUUCACAUACGUUUACAUAAUACAAACUUUGAUAUUUCCAAAACCGAAUUUUUCAAAAGUAAACCAGUUACUCAUUGGAUCAAUGCUGUAGACGAAACUUACGGUAUAUUUCGAUAUCGUUGGGGAGAUCAUGUUCUUAAAUAUUUAACAACUGCGAUAUUUGCCACUCCAAGCGAAGUACUCCUAAGAACAGAUUACAACUUGCCUUACUGUCAUCCAUGCUAA